AUGCUCGUAACAGAUUACCUCAACUGUCUAAUAGAGUUUGACCAAUACCUUUCUGUAUAUUUCGUGGCUGCACCAGAACACAAGAAUUACUUCAGACCUUGGGAGUGGACGUUUCAUGGCGCAAUAUGGAUAGCGGGGUCGGCAUUAGCCCUGAUAACGGCUUAUGGAAAAAAGUAUCCAGAAGAUACCCAAUUUCAUCUGCUGGUUAUGUUUGCAGGACUCUUGAUUGAUCUUAUCGGUUGUGGAAUUAUCAAACUCGUUGUGAGAAGAGAAAGGCCAGCCGAAAACGAGGAAAAUGAGGAGAUGUUACUCGCUGCACCUGUGGCGGAUGUAUUUUCAUUUCCCUCUGGGCAUACGUCAAGAGCAACCUUGCUAACAACUAUAUGGAUGACACUUUAUCCCAAUACGAACUGUUUAUUGUGGUUAUUGCCUAUUUCUGUCGGGUAUUCUAGGAUUGCUCUGGGUAGACAUUAUAUAUUAGAUGUUAUUGGAGGUUUCAUAUUUGGGUAUUUUUCGGGAAAACUUGCUUGUCUACUUCCUUUCAGUUCUUUAAGCCUCUUAGGUAUCAGAACAGUUGUUAUGUCCAGUAUGGAUACUUCUGAAACUGUUACUAAGCCCACAGCGCAAGUUCCACCGACGUUGAACUUACAGCCCUCAAACUCUCAAAAUCAAUCGGUUGUGAAUGGAACACCUCCAACUGCUGCAACUCCCACGCCAACUCAACAAAAAUCAGAGCCACCUCAAGGGCAACUCCCUAAUUAUAAAUUGAGGUUACAGCUGAGUGGACAUACUAAGUCAGUGUCAUCAGUCAAGUUUUCACCUUGUGGUGAGUAUGUCGCUUCGUGCUCUGCUGACAAAACCAUUAGAAUAUGGGCAGUCGAAGAUGGAAAGAAUGAGAAAGUGAUCACCGGACAUAAGCUCGGAAUCAGUGAUGUGGCGUGGAGUUAUGACUCCAAGUUAUUAGUGUCCGCAUCUGACGAUAAAACUUUGAAAAUUUGGGAUUUUCCUUCCGGAAGAUGCAUGAAAACCUUCAAAGGUCAUAGCAAUUAUGUUUUCUGUUGUAAUUUCAAUCCUCAGUCAUCCUUAGUGGUUUCUGGAUCCUUCGAUGAAACUGUUCGAAUCUGGGAUGUGAAGUCAGGGUCUUGCGUGAAAACUUUACCUGCUCAUUCGGAUCCCAUCUCUGCUGUUUCAUUCAACAGGGAUGGAACAUUGAUCUGCUCCAGUUCAUACGAUGGGCUAGUCCGCAUUUGGGAUACUGCCAAUGGUCAGUGUGUGAAAACUCUCGUUGAUGACGAUAAUCCACCUGCUGCCUUUGUCAAGUUUUCUCCAAACGGAAAAUACAUUCUUGCCGCCACCCUAGACAGUACCCUCAAGCUAUGGGAUUUCAACAAAGGAAAGUGUCUGAAAACCUAUCAAGGACAUAAAAAUGAAAAAUACUGCAUUUUCGCCAACUUCUCUGUCACCGGAGGAAAAUGGAUUGUGAGUGGAUCAGAAGAUAACAAGAUUGUCAUAUGGAACUUGCAGACGAAAGAAGUAGUUCAAACUCUGGAGGGACAUAAAGAUGUUGUCAUAGGAACUGAUUGCCACCCUAGCAAGAAUCUGAUUGUAUCUAGUGGUCUAGAGUCAGAUCCAGUAAUUCGCAUUUGGCAAAGUGACUUUUAA